AAGUGGUUCACUGUCAUAUUUGUCUCAAUAUUUUAGCUGUACUCGGACAAUUAUGGCUUAUCAUCUGUGGGAAAACUGAUUAGCACCAUGCUUCAAUGGUAUCACCGUUUCAUAGUAAUAGUUCUAAUUUUAAAAUGGUGGCAACUUCUAUGUAUUUCCCAAUAUUUCCUUGGUAUCACCUCUCCUCCUCCCCUACCCCUUUUUACAACCUAACCUACAGAUUUGAUUUAAAUGAAGACUGACAACCCAGACAAAACUCACAAGUAGCCAAGACCAUAAAUUACUUUAAGUUUAAUUUUUGACAACUUAUAAACUUCAAUAUAAUGAUAAUGAGUCUUGAUUGGUCAUGUAUCAUGGGGUCAGAGCACAGAGUCAGCCAUGAUAUAGCGUCCCUGGAGCAGAGAGGGUUAAGGGCCUUGCUCAAGGGCCCAACAGUGGCAGCUUGGCAGCGUCGGGGCUUGAACACCCGACCUUCCAAUCCGUAACCCAGAGCCGGGCAGUGCUGGGGCUUGAACCCCCAACCAAAACCUGUCAUAGAUGAAAGUUAGCUGUGUACAGAGGUUACAAUAGUUUUUUUUUUUUUUUUUUUUUAACACACCAGGGAGCGUGUACCAUUGUGUGUGCCUUUCAGAUCCUCUCGACGCGGGAAGCACUUUCUGACAGCGUUUCUAGAACCCUAACCUAUAACACGGGUAGUGGGGGUUUCGGGCUAUAUCUGGAUUCCUCCUUUACAAGCUAUAUGCUUCGUACGGGAGAGUGUAAUAGCGAUGGAAACAGGAUGCACAGCGAGGAGGAACGACUGAGCACUUUCCACAACUGGCCGCUAAACGAUUCAGAUAGAUCUGCUGAGCUAGCGCGCGCCAGUUUUUACUUCCUGGGACCAGGAGAUAUGGUGCGCUGCUUUCGCUACGACAGGACACUGAGGCACUGGGCACACGACGACAGUCCGACUGGCGGGCACCGGCGCCACUUUCCCGCGUGCGAGUUCGAAUCGAGGACGGACACGAGCUAUGUUCGGCGCGUCCGCGCUUCGACGGAUUCGGUGGACGGUCAGCUGUUGAGCCAGCUGCAGCGCCUGGCUGCGGACGAACAGGUGACAACCAGUCAAGCCGCUUAUCCAGAUAUGGAGCCCGAGGACACGCGCCUCACCACGUUCAGCAACUGGCCCACAAGCUCUUCCAUCCAACCGGAUACACUGGCGCGCGCUGGCUUCUUUUACACAGGUCAUAGUGAUAACGUGAAGUGUUUCUUCUGCAAUGGUAGUUUGAGGAACUGGGAGCCUGGAGAUGAUCCGUGGCAGGAACAUGCCAAGUGGUUUCCACGAUGUGAGUAUUUGAUGCAGUCAAGAGGACAAGAGUACAUCAACCAUGUACAGCAGUCAUUCUUCAACACAUUAGAGCUGGCAAGUGAAGCCCAGAAUUCAACUCCAAGAAAUAUUACCACUGGACAUGAUGUGCUGAGUGGGCAGAGUGCAUCAGCAGCAGCCAUGUUCUCGCCGGUGGUGCAGGCGGUGCUGCAGAUGGGUUUUGAGCAAGCGCCAGUUGAGAGCCUGGUUCAGUCUCACUUCCUGCUCACCGGCCACCAUUACACUUCUGUCUCCGACCUGGUGGCUGACGUCCUGCAGGCUGAAGAGGAGGGGAGGCAGGGUAGUGAUAACAACACAGAGCCUGUGUUGAGACAGAGCAGCAGUGCCAGUGGAAUGAAACUGCAGACCUCACUUGGGGAGAAAGUUUUGGUGACCCUGAGUGCUGAGGAACAGUUGAAGCAACUCCAGGAGGAACGAACCUGCAAAGUAUGUAUGGACAAACUGGUGUCCAUGGUGUUUAUCCCCUGCGGUCACCUGGUUGUGUGUUCUGAUUGUGCGGCCAGCCUACAACACUGCCCCAUCUGUAGAGCAGUGAUACGUGGCAGCAUGCGUGCCUUCAUGUCCUGA